AUGUUGUCUCCGGCCGAGCGACUUGAGAGUUCCAAACCGGUAUUCCAGGUAGUCUCUUCUGGCCGGGUCCAAAAAAACUCUGUCUGCUUCGAACCAGAUCCGCCAGAACGUGCGGAACACCCAUGGGUUGUGACGGUCGGUCAUUCCACCAAGAGUGUUGACUCGGGCCAAAGAGGUAGAGUUGCUCUGGACACCAAAGUCCACGCAGCAGAUGAUUCCGUUCUUAUGAAUCAUCGAGGCUAUGUGGUCAACCGCACAGUGGAACGUUGGGAUCAUGGACAACGAGUACGAGAACGUGAUCAAGUCGGCUGGAACAUGGGGAACCGUGAAGUUGCACGCGUCUGCCAGCAAACAGUGCACGUUCUUCCAUCCUUUCUCCUGGAACCGUUUCUCGGCCACCUCCAAUAA